ACAUUAAUGUCACGUGUUGUCUGCUCAUACUGAACGCACAUAUCACACCAAAAUAAAGUCGGUGUCAUGUAAAUUAUUCUUCAAGAUUUUGUUGGCUGGGUGAAAAAUAGAACAUAUUUUAAAUCUAUUUUGUGAAUUCUUUUCUGCCGGCAUGCUUUGCAGGCAGAAUUAUUCAGUUUCAAUUAGAAUAAGAUCGGGGAACACGCCACUUCUGUAUUUUGUUGUUUAUUUAAUUUCAUAGUGUGGGUAGGGAGCUUUUUUUCCAAGGCAGUUUCAAGGUUGUUGGCACUUAGUGAAGGGGAUGUGGGAGUUUGGGACUAUGGCUUAACAAGUUUUUGCCAACAUUGGAUACCCAUUUGGGUUUUUUCUUUGAUUAGUCCGUCCGGUAGUUGUUCAGUUGCGAGACAAGUUACAUUUUAGCUCUUUUCUGGUGGGUGUUGAUUGGAUGAACUUUUUUUAUGUAGAGAAGUUUUGGAAUUGACUUUGGUCCUACACGGCACAGUACAGAAAUGGUCAAUGUGUCGCCUUAAGUCAAUGAAGAUUCAAGACUUUGGAUAUUGCCUUUGUACUACUAAAGAAACAGCAAAUUUUGUUGACCCUUGAUCCCAUUUUAUGCGGCAAAGCAUUACCUAUGCAGGAAAAAUAUGCUAAAAAGCAGGUGUCCGUUGCGACAAAGCUUCUCGUUCUUUUAUUUGUAGGAUUAAGCGGAAUAUGCCUGUGCUAUAUGAAUAUUGACCAGAGGAAUUCAAUCAGGAAAUCAAGAAGGUUUUUGCCUUCAGACAACAGAGAAAAUGUAGUAACAUGCCAGCUCCAAACUGAUCAUAGUAUUCCCACUCAUUAUCCUCAACCAACUUCAUACAAUCGAAAAGAAUGCUCUUGUACUCCAGUGCACAAUUUUGUUAUUUUAUCCAUGCAAAGAUCUGGAAGUGGGUGGUUUGAGACACUCCUGAACAGCCAUCCGAACAUCAGUUCACAUGGAGAAGUAUUUCUAGAUGAGAAAAAGAGAAAGAACUUUGCUUCCAUUAAAAAAGUUCUUGAUGCAAUAUAUAAUCUCGAGUGGAAGAGUAGUGCUUCUAAGAAAGAAUGCACUGCAGCUGUUGGAUUUAAAUGGAUGCUCAAUCAGGGUGCUAUGGAAUAUAAUAAAGAAGCCUUGGCAUAUUUUAAACAAAAGAAUGUAUCAAUUAUAUUCCUUUUUAGGCAUAAUCUCUUAAGGAGAUAUGUGUCUAUCCUAGCAAAUGUAUAUGACAAGGAGGCAAAGUUGUUGAACGGUACUCAUCAAUCUCACGUGCAUUCCAGUGUUGAGGCACAAAUACUGGCAACGUUUAAGCCAGUGGUGAAUGUGACUCUUCUACCUCUGUAUCUGCGUCGAGUUGAGGAAUUAUGUCAUGAUGCAAUUGUUUCCUUCAGAAGCACCCGCCACAAAACUGUCUCUUACGAAGAUUUAGUCAAAAAUUCUUUGCAUGUUCUGGAGAUUCAAAAGUUCCUAGGGGUAAUACCAAAGAAAUUAACUAGUCAUCAUGUGAAAAUACAUACCGAGCCUCUUUCAAAGCAGAUCCAAAAUUGGAAGGAGGUUUAUCACAGGCUAAAAGGGACAGAGUUUGACGAAUUUUUGCAUGAUUACUAAUUUUGGGAGAAUUCUCUGUAUCAUAAUAUUGUGAAAAAUCUUUAAUUCAAAUUGUUUCAUUCUCAUUUUAUUGUUGAAAGGAUGCCAGUCAAAUGUCCUUUCAUGGAAUUGUGCUGCUGUAUGUAAUUUUGUAACAGCUGGUUGUUUUCAGCAGGUUGCUGUUUCUCUAUUCUCUUUGUAAUCUUAGAUUGCUUACUCCAAUUAAAAAAAAUGCCCUUUCAUGGAAUUCCCAUCAGAUGCACAAAGGGCUUAGAUGGGCAAUCAUUUCCAGUGAUCCCGUUAAUAUAAAAAUUCUUUCAUUUGAAGUCUUA